AUGUCGGUGUCGCCCGCACUCACCGACCUCUCUCGUCUGUAUCAGACGGAGUUUGUUCGGAGUGCCCGGGCGGUCGGCGUCCUCUGGGCCAUCUGUACACUCUGCUUCGCCAUCAUCCAGGUGGUCGUCCUGGUGCAGCCGUCCUGGAUCGGCACCACGGACACCCAGCACCAGGGGACACCCAGCGGGACCCUGGGACUGUUUGAGGUGUGUGUGGAGUCGGACUGGCCGGUCCCUGACUGUCGUGGUGGUCUGUCCAGUCUGUCUCCUCUUCCGUCCUUCCAGUCGGUGGCGGUGUUGGUGGGAGUGUCCUUGUGGGCGGUGUGGACCAGCGUCCUCUGUCUCUGUCUCUUCCGGUUCUGCAGUGCCGCAACUGUCUACAAGAUCUGUGCGUGGUUGCAGCUCACAGCAGGUUUCUGUCUGGCGCUGGCCUGUCUUCUGUUUCCAGACUCGUGGGAGAGUCCUGAGAUGAGAACUCUGUGUGGAGACUCGGUGGGCAGUUUCUCUCCAGGUAACUGUUCGGUCCACUGGGCCUAUAUCCUGGCCAUCCUGGGUGUUCUGGAUGCCGCCAUCUUGGCCACGCUGGCGUUCGUCCUCGCCAAUAGACAGGACGCCCUGCUGCCGCCAGACGCAAAGGAUGUGACCACAGGUCUGCUGAUGUCAGCGUGAGGUCAGCAGUUCUGUUUGGUCUUCACUUCUCCUGAUCCCUUCAUCCUUCACCAUCAUCAUCAUCAGAGGAGGAGAUGAGAGAAGAGGAGGAGGAGCUGUCAUUCUGUUCUCUGUGUCAACAUGGCCGCUCUGCAGUGACGCCACAAACAGAAGCACGUUUUAUAAAAUCAUCUUCCGUCCUUUAACAGAGGUCAUAGUGUGAAACCUGUCGCUCGGUAACUAGUACUAACUAGUUUAAAACUAGUGAUUUACCAAAUCAGCUUCAGACUUCAGAAGGGUCUCAGUAAAGACUUAAUAAAUUAGGAAGCAGAGUCAGUUACAGCUCUUCAGUGAUGUUCAGUGUGUUACUGACAUUACAACAUUUUGUGAGUUGAGUUGUAAAUUGAGUUUCAGGUCUCGGGUCACGUCUGGCUGCUGCUCUCCAUCGACCUCACUGGCUGCAAAUGGGUCCAAUAUUAGCGAGCUAACGUUAGCUUUACAUUAGCUUGACAGCACGACACAUUAGUCCGAGAGUUCCACCUGCAGUUAGCAGCUGCGAAUACUCUGAGACUGGGUUGUGGUGAAAGUUGUUUGAAUUUAGUGAUGAUGAAAGUCCGCGGAGUAAACACCGACGUUAGAACGAGGCUACGUUUGGACAAACAGCCGCGGCCGCCGGCUCCUGAGCCUCAGAGGAAGAUCUGAGAUUUAUUCCAUUUUUUCUGAAUCUCAUGUUUCAUGGCUGUGCAGCCUAGCUUAGAACAACAGCUUGAAGCAGGGAGAAAUAUUAGUUAGCUUAGAGUUAGCUUCCAGUCCAGCUAGCUUCCUGGAAUUGACCCCUGGCAAAGAAUGAGUUGACUGAUAUUAACAUGUCAGCAUGGCCUUUGACCUUUAAGGCACAUAAAUGAACCCAUCGGGCAGUUUUCCUUCCAUUGAGUCUU